AUGGACCUACAAUUAAACCGUGUGGAUUACUUACAGGUGGGGGUUACAUCACAGAAGACAAUGAGGCUGCUUCCAGCAUCUGGACGAAGAGCAACGCAAAAGGUGGUUGUUGGAGAUCAAGAUGGGGUUGUAACUUGCUUUGGUAUCAAGAAAAGUGAAGCAGUGCCUGUAUUCAAAACUUUGCCCGGACAGAAGAUAUCUAGAUUAGAGCUUGGUGGUGCCCUUGGAACUGUACAAGAGAAAAUAUUUGUGUCAUCUGGGUCUGAAGUUCGUGGUUUUACAAAAAGAGGAAAGCAGUUUCUGUCAUUUGAAACCAAUUUAACAGAAAGCAUUAGAGCAAUGCAUAUAUCUGGUUCUGAUCUUUUUUUGUGUGCAAGUUAUAUAUACAACCACUAUUGUGAUUGCAAAGACCAACAUUACUAUUUGUCUGGGGAUAAAAUUAGUGAUGUCCUCUGUUUGCCAGUAGAAAAGUUGGAACGAAUCACCCCUAUACUAGCAUGCCAGGACAGAGUGCUUCGUAUUUUAGAGGGUUCUGAUUUAAUGUAUGAAGUUGAAGUUCCUGGACCACCUUCUGUUUUAGCUUUAAACGGUGGGGAUGGAGGUGAGAGUGGAGAGGAGCUUUUGUAUGGAACAUCAGAUGGCAAGAUUGGCUUAAUUCAAAUUGCAAAAGAUUCUCCUGUGCCCAAAUGGGAAAUAUUUAAUGAGAAGAAAAGAGGAGGUGUAUUGUGCAUGGAUCACUUUGACAUCAUGGGGGAUGGAGUCAAGGACUUGCUAAUUGGUCGGGAUGAUGGGACAGUGGAGAUCUAUGGCCUGGACAGUGCAAAUGAGCCUGUUCUUCGUUUUGACCAUGCCUUGACAGAAAGUAUAACCUCUAUCCAGGGAGGCUGUGUUGGGAAGGAAGGUUAUGAUGAAAUUGUGCUGUCCACUUAUUCUGGCUGGGUGACUGGACUCACUACAGAGCCAGUCCACCGGGAAGCUGGUCCUGGUGAGGAACUCAAAGUAAGUCAAGAAAUGCAAGCUAAAGUAGCAUCUUUAAGGUCUGAGCUGGAACAGCUGCAGUUCAAGGUUGUGCAGGAGAGAGAGAAGUACCAGCACUCAUCACAGUCUACCACAGCAGUCUCAGCAGUGCCAGUCUUCAGUAUAAAUGACAAGUUUACACUUAACAAGGAUGAUGCCAGCUACAGCCUUAUUUUAGAGGUUCAGAUGGCUAUUGACAAUGUUCUAAUACAGAGUGAUGUUCCUGUGGAUCUGCUGGAUGUGGAUAAGAAUUCAGCAGUUGUGAGUUUUAGUGGCUGCGAAAGUGAGCCAAAUGGAAACUUCCUGCUUGCUACUUAUCGUUGCCAGGCAAACACCACCAGACUGGAACUGAAGGUUCGGUCCAUUGAAGGGCAGUAUGGAACAUUACAAGCCUAUGUAACACCUAGAAUUCAACCCAAAACCUGUCAGGUGCGGCGGUACCUGAUUAAACCUUUGUCUCUCCAUCAGAGGAGCCAUGUGUUUGAUCAAAACAGGCCCAUGAAUACUCUGAGCUUGACUGGCCAAUUUAGUUUUGCGGAGAUCCAUUCCUGGAUGGUGUUCUGCUUGCCUGAAGUCCCAGAGAAGCCUCCAGUUGGAGAAGACAUUACUUUCUACUUUCAGAAUACUUUUCUGGACACACAACUGGAAUGCUCAUACAGAAAAGGUGAAGGAAUCUUUAAGUCAGACAAUAUCUCCACAAUUUCAAUUCUGAAAGAUGUCUUGUCAAAGGAAGCCACUAAAAGAAAGAUUAAUCUUAAUAUAUCUUAUGAUAUAAGUGAAGAAUCUGUUGGCCACACGUUGAGAAUGAUCCAUCCGAAGUUGGAGUAUCAGCUACUUUUGGCCAAAAAGGUUCAUUUGAUUGACGCUCUCAAGGAGCUGCAAGUUCACGAAGGAAACACUGACUUUCUGAUUCCAGAGUAUCGAUCUAUUCUGGAGGAAGCCGACAAGCUCCAGGAGGAAUAUAAGAAACAGCCGGCACAUCUUGAAAGGCUCUAUGGAAUGAUAACAGAUCUCUUCAUUGAUAAGUUCAAAUUCAAAGGCACAAAUGUGAAAACUAAAGUGCCUCUCUUGCUGGAGAUUUUGGAUAAUUAUGACCAGAACGCUUUGAUGACAUUCUUUGAUACUGCAUAA